CGAGUACUAAAGAAGAAAAUAUUGUUGUCUCGGGCUUUCUGGUAGCGUCUGCUCCCACAGUUACUGAUGAAGUAGGUAUAAAAGAUCUGAGAAAAAUUACGUCUGCGGAUGAUGUCAUUUUUUUGGCCUCUCAACGGAAUGUGGCUGGUGAUAAACUAAAUAAAGAUGUGCAUUUUAAAAGAUGUUGCUCUACGAGUCUUUCUCUUGGCUGCCUGCGGCGAAGCGCACGGUGCUGCUUAUUUUGAGAUUGCGGUGGACGCAGAGACACCCAUGAGAGACCUGAAACAUUUCUGGAAGAGUACGGGUUUUUGCCCUCCCCUUCCUCACACCCAGUCUGACCAGUAUGACCUCAGCAGAGACCAGCAGUUAAACAUGGCCUACCUGGGCUCAGUGCCCCAUGGUGGUCUGGAGCAGGUUCGUAUACACUGGCUCCUGGAGCUGGUCACAGCACAGGUUGUAAAUGGAGAAACCCGUUACAAUUUCACAAAACUGGACCAGCUGAUAGAACUCCUGUGGCAGAAUGGUCUUCGGCCAGGUUUUGAGCUGAUGGGCAGCGUCUCUGGCUACUUCACUGACUUUGAGGACAAGAGGCAGGUGGCAGAGUGGAGAACCCUCGUGUAUCUCCUGGCAAAAAGAUACAUUGAGAAGUAUGGCUUGGGAUACGUCUCUCAGUGGAACUUUGAAACAUGGAACGAGCCCAAUAAUCACGACUUUGACAAUGUGUCCGUGUCAAUUCAGGGGUUUCUGAACUACUACGAUGCCUGUUCUGAAGGACUCCGAGACGCCAGCGCCACCUUGAGGUUUGGAGGUCCGGGAGACUCUUGCCACUCGUAUCCACGCUCGCCGUACUGUUGGGCCAUGUUGGAACACUGCUACAAUGGGACCAACUUCUUCACGGGCGAGACCGGUGUGCGGCUGGACUUCAUCGCCCUGCACAAGAAGGGUGGUGGUGGUUCUCUACCCAUCAUCCAGCAGGAAAUGGAGACAAUGAAGGAGAUUCAUGACCGCUUCCCGAAGUUCAGGUCCAUACCUGUCUACAACGAUGAGGCAGACCCAUUGGUAGGCUGGUCCAAACCUGAGGACUGGAGAGCUGAUGUGACCUAUGCAGCCAUGGUGGUGAAGGUGAUUUCCCAGCAUCAGGACCUGGUCAUCGGCAAGCCAAACUCCACCGUCAACUAUGCCCUCCUGAGCAACGACAACGCAUUCCUGAGCUACUACCCACACCAAUUCACUCAGCGCACACUCACCGCCCGCUUUCAGAUCAACAACACCCAGCCACCCCACGUGCAGCUCCUGAGGAAGCCGGUUCUGACUGUUCUGGGCCUGCUCUCUUUGCUAGGAGAAAGGCAGGUGUUUUCGCAUGUGACGUCUGUCGGGAACAGUGCGGACGACACCGUGGGGGUUCUGGCCAGCACCCACAAACCUCCUUUUCCCGGGACGUCGGACAGCUGGCAGUCAGCCGUGCUGAUCUACAGCAGCAAAGACAACCGCACGUCUUCCCCCAACCAUGUGACGGUCCAGCUCAGCGGAUAUGCAGGCCGUAAGGGUCUGGUGUAUGUCACCUACUACCUGGACAACAACAGCAGCAGCCCCUACAGCCUGUGGAAAGCCUUUGGGAAGCCGGCCUUCCCCACGGCCGUGCAGUUCCAGCAGCUACGGAAGCUGGAGGAGCCGCGAGUAGAAGGGCCCCUUCCCUUCCCCCCCGACGGCAGGCUGACCCUGAAGAUGGACCUUCCUGUUCCAGCUGUCCUCCUCGUCCAUGUGUGCGCCAAGCCCGAUUCGCCGCCGGACCAGGUGACUGGUCUGCGCUUCCUGCCUGUGACCAAAGGCCAGGUUCUCAUCAUUUGGACGGACCGCUGCGUCAAUUCCAGGUGUAUAAAGACUUAUGAGGUGGAAUUUUCCGGAUCCUGGACAACGUUCCAAAGAAUAAACAUACAGGACACCAUUUUCACCUCUUGUGUAUUUGCCCCCGGGAGCUUAGAUGUCUGCGGUUUCUACAGAGUGCGGGCUGUGGAUUACUGGGGGAGGCCAGGAGAGUAUUCACAAAGCAUCCGAUACUGUGAUUGAUUAAUGAACCCUGGUCACCAUAGAUGCAUUAUUUAUGUUUGUUUGCAUAUUGUCCUUUACAUUUCUGUUCAGAAUUGGAUUAAACCCAAGGAUCUUA